GGAAUACGGAUUUGUGUGUUCUAGAAGGAAUGGACGGUGAUGGACGGUUGUUUCUAUGAUGUCCAGUGCAAAAGGUAACUGUAUAACUUUCAUAUCAAUUGAAGUUUCCAAGAAACCUGCAAAUACAAGUUAAGAACAUUACUUCUAUUUAAUACAAAAUAAUUAGGCAACAUGCUCUCCAAUUGUGCUGAUACAAUUGACCCAGCUGCUCCUUUGCAACCAACUAUAAUAGAAGGUAUCUCUAGUACAGACAGUGUUGGUACUCACAGUGAUAUUUCUGGGCAUACUACCAUCUCUGGAAGGCCCAAAAUGGAUGUAGCUUGUGUUCUGGACCUGCAACAACCAGAGCACUUAGCUCAAAGAAAAAGAGCCUUAGAGGAAGUCAGACAAGCAUGUAACCUAGUUAAUGCUAAUAUACAUCAUAUACAGUUUGAGAAGCUAGAUUUUGGGGAAACAAAUGUACUUGAUACAUUUUAUAAUGCAGAUGUAGCUGUUGUGGAUUUAAGUAUACAGUUACAGCAAUCUGCUUUAUUUUAUCACCUGGGUGUCAGAGAAAGUUUUGGAAUGAAAGAAAACAUUUUAUUACAUAAUGAUGUAGACACUGAAACAACAAUUAGACUCAAGUUAUCAUGCGGCAGCUAUACAUUUGUUUCAUAUCGUGUAGUGGACUGUGGUUCAUGUGUAGCUACUAAUCCAGCUACUACUAGAAUUACUGGGGAAGAAGUGAUAGAUCCAAAGCAACAUCUUACAUUGAGACUGAAAAAGCUGUUUCAAGAUGUUGAAGUACAAUCUAAAGCACACAUGAAAGAAAAGUUCCUGGCAGAUUUACGCAAAGCACGGGAAACAUAUUCGGGCGAAGAACUUUCAAAAGCAUUGAACAAUAUGCGAAAGCGUUUGGAUGAUCCGAAUGUUUUAUCUGGGGAGGUUGUCUUGAACGUCCUUAUUUCUUUCCGCGAGAUACAGGACUAUGAUGCAAUGGUACAAUUGGUAGAUGAUCUGAGAACUAUACCAACACAUAAAAAUUACAUUAACACGCCGGCUAUUCGGUACCUAUACGCAUUUGCUCUCAACCGACGGAACAAAGAAGGUGACAGAGAAAGGGCAUUAAAAGUUAUAGAGAAAGCUCUGGAGAAGAAAGAGAAUCAUGUUCCGGACAUGCUAUGCUUGUGUGGAAGAAUAUAUAAAGAUAAAUUUGUAGAAAGCAGACACACGGAUGAAGAGAGUUUGAAUAAUGCUAUACAUUGGUAUAGAAAAGGUUUCGAGGUACAACCAAAUGAAUAUGCGGGAAUAAAUCUCGCCACGCUGCUGGUUAUAGCAGGGAACGAAUUUUCAAAAAGUGAGGAAUUGCAACACAUAGGAAUGGUCUUGAACAAUCUUAUUGGCAAGAAAGGUAGUUUGUCGAGUUUAAAAGAUUACUGGGAUGUGGCCACGUUCUUUGAGAUCAGUGUAUUGGCUGAGGAUUACUCGAAAGCUAUUCAAGCCGCCGAGUGUAUGUUCAAGCUGAAGCCGCCAAACUGGUACCUGAAAUCAACAAUAGGGAACAUAUCGCUGAUAGAUCGGUUUCGUAAAAAGAAUGAAGAAGCCGAGGUAUCGCCGGAGGAGCAAAUAUUUAGUUUUUGGAUGGACUACUUUGUCGAAGCGACGAAAUCGGAAGUUGGAGAUAGUAUACGGUUUCCACUCUUAGUUUUGGAGCCGACGAAGAUCUUCAUGCCGAGCUACGUAAACGUUAACCUUGGGGCAGAAGAGAAGUCCGUCCAAAUUUGGAAUUUAUGCAUGGAUAAUAUGAAGAACAGUUGCAAGCAAGUUCACGAUUGGCUUUUCACAGCGAAUAUGAUACGCAGUGUAAGUCUGUACAAACGCGAUGAACGCUGCCUUUUUUUAUACGUUCAUCAGAACUCCGAUGAUUUCCAAAUGUACUUCCCCUCUGUCCAAUGCAGACAGAGGUUCUAUGAUUUAAUCCUGGAAAUGACCAGAGACCAAGAAGGCAUGGUUACUGAUUUGGAUGCCUACAUGACUGAUGAUAGAAUGAAGUUUGAAUAUGAAUCAGACGACCAAAAUAAACGAAUAAUACUGGGCAAAGGUACAUACGGUGUAGUAUACGCGGCUCGAGAUCUGAACACUCAAGUUAGAAUCGCGGUUAAAGAAAUACGUGAACGAAAUUUAGGGGAUGUACAACCUCUCCACGAGGAAAUAAAGUUGCACAGUCAACUAAGACACAGGAAUAUCGUACAAUACCUUGGCUCAGUAAGCGAAAAUGGGUACUUCAAGAUAUUCAUGGAGCAAGUUCCUGGAGGAAGUUUGUCAGCUUUAUUAAGAUCAAAGUGGGGUCCAUUGAAGGAAAACGAAUCUACAAUUGCUUAUUAUACCAAACAAAUUCUAGAAGGCCUAAAGUAUCUACAUGAUCAAAAAAUUGUUCAUCGAGAUAUCAAAGGUGACAAUGUUUUGGUGAACACAUACAGCGGGGUAGUGAAAAUUUCCGACUUUGGCAUGUCAAAGCGAUUGGCUGGUUUAUGUCCUAGUACAGAAACAUUUACUGGAACUUUACAGUACAUGGCACCGGAAGUUAUUGACAAAGGACAGCGUGGAUAUGGUGCUCCGGCAGAUAUUUGGUCUUUGGGUUGCACCAUAGUUGAAAUGGCUACUGGUAAACCGCCGUUUAUUGAACUGGGAUCCCCUCAAGCUGCUGUUUUUAAGGUUGGAUACUACAAAAUACAUCCAGAGAUUCCAUCAGAACUGUCUGAAAGAGCAAAAAGUUUCAUAUUGCGUUGCUUUGAACCAAAUCCUGAUAUAAGAGCAACUGCAGCUGAGUUAUUAGAAGAUCCAUUUUUAAACGAGAAAAAGAAAACCAAUCGACUGGCGGCCCCACCAGAUUUCAGUCGUAGCAUUUCGGUACCUGCUGAUAGACUCGAACGUUUAGGAAAAUCUGAUAAAACAAAUAAUAAUCAUAUCGUUUCUGCAACUCCUAUACAAACUUCACAGUCGGAUGAUAGUGUUACAUACAGUGGAGGGCUGACAAAGUCGAGCCCACUGAGGGAGCGCAGUCCGGCACACCUUCUGUCUCCCAUCAGCAUGCCCUCUGCAACCUUAUCUUUUAACAGUACAAUAGGAAAUACACCUUCUAUAGAAACAACUGAAUCAGACACAACAGGAGCUUCAAUGACUAGAAGAAGUUCUUCUGGUGGGUUAUUAUCACCUGAAGUUGAAUUAGGAGGUCAACCAGGCCAGAAAACUGGAGAAGAACAAGAAGGAUUUUAUUUACUGAAGAAAGAUAGUCAGAGGAGAAUGACGCUUACCAGAGUCCUCACACAAGAUGAGGCAAAAAUCUGUGAAGUGUGGAUGAGAGGUAUACAUCAGGCAGAGGGUCAAACUGUUCUUCAAAUGAGUCAGUUAGUACUGCUAAUGCGAGCUUUGAGGGAUUAUAUUGCUGAACAAAAUCAUGAAGUAAUCGUGACGGCCAUUAGAACAUUGAAAGAAGAAUUGGAUUUCGAUUCCACUGCCAUCAAUCACCUAAAUUUAGCCAUUUAUCUCUUUCAAACCGCUGUGAACGAAGUUCUGCGAAUGCAUAGCAUAAAACCUCAUUGGAUGUUUGCAUUGGACAAUUUGGUCAGAAAUGCAGUUCAAGCAGCUAUCACCGUACUCUCUCCUGAACUUGGUGCCAAUUUGCUUGGUCAGGAACGCGCGCAACCAGGUGGUCAAGGACCUGAAGAAGGAUCCACGUCUGGUGUAUCCACGGUAAACUCUGUAAAAUCACAGAAAACCGGCGAUUCCAUUGACAACAAGUACUGGAAAGAGUACCGGGAUCAAAUGGGAGAUUUGAAAAUGGAGAAUAUGAGAUUACUCCAGGAAUUACUAGAAAGCCAAAAAGCGUAUCAGGUCUUGUUGCAGCAGGCUGUUGAAGAGCAAAGAACUCAGGUCAAUACUUUGACACGACUCUGUGAAAAUAUUAAUAGGACAACUAUGAGACAGGAAUCAGGAUACCAUUCAUCUGUAUCUGGAAACGUAUCUAAUCAACCACCACCAACGAUUGUUAGUGACAUGUCUUCUGAUACAAUUUCCUGUACAGACGAAGCUCUUGUAGAAUGGCUACAGAAUCUCCAGAUUGAUGAAAUGUCGAUUGAAAGGUUUAUAUACGAACAAUAUACAUUAGAGGAUAUUUUGUGUCACAUAACUCGUGACGAUAUUCGCAGACUCAAUCUGAGAGGAGGUACUGAACUGAGGAUAUGGCUAGCAAUCUUGAAGCAUCGACAAAGUCACGAUGAAUAAGCGAAGAGACGAAUGUAAUCGAGUACAACGUUAAAAUUGGUCAACUUUAUGCAGGGUAAAAUGUUCAAACCGUGGUUGUCGCGGAAUGGUGACGAAUACUGAGCAGAGUUAUUAGAUGAUUAAAUGAUGAACGAAACACCUGUGUCGUUUGUUAGACUGAUUCUUCGCAGAGAGUUUUAAAUGCACAAAAUGAUAUUAUUAGUUUAUCUUGUAGUUCCUAAAUGUAGAGUGUUUAAUAGUUACGAGACAGGUGUGUACAU